AUGUCAAGCACAUACGAAUCGAACUGCAAAGAAAAUAAUAUUUCUAACAGAUCAUCCUCUUCUUUCAAUACGCACACUAAUAUAACUUCUGCUGCAAAAAAUGCCCAUAAUGAGGAACCAACACCAGUUUUGGGAAGCUCAGAAAAAGUGGAAAGUGAAGGUAUACCUGAAGGAGGAGACGAACUUACUCGCUACGAAUCAAACCCAUAA